ACGACUCUCUCUCUGCUCUCUCAUUUCUCUCAGAGUCCUGGUCAGCGAUAUAAAGUCUCAUCCCCGCUUCGGAACUUGAACCUACGCCAAGUUUUGCUGCAUUGCGCCCGCUCUCCACCGAGCCACCGAUAGUCGGAUAGCACGGGAUCCCGAAAGGACCCCGAGCAGAUGUCAAGCAACCACCGAAGGAGCAGCAUCGUCGUCGUUGUCGUCCUCGCCCACACAUCGUUCUUUACCGUUACAGCUGUGGGUUCGGCUCAGUACCGUUAAGUUCGCCAAUCGCACAAGUUCGAUUCCCAAAUCGCAUGGUUUUUUUUAUACCAGCAAGAACUAGACAACACACAGAUAUCUGGGAAUGUUGUAAGACGUGGAUUAAUGCACUGCAAACCGUACAAGUGCGCCGUACAAGAAAACGCAAUUAAAAGUGCAUUAAAAAUUAAACGAAAAGUGCUUGUGUGUGCGUGCCAGUGAGGCUAAAAGUUUUGCCUGCCCCGAAUUGGCAAAAGUUAAAUGUUUUAAACGCCAAGUUAGGCGAAUUAUGUGAAAGUUUCAACUCGAUAGGCGAAAACACAAUGUUUCUGUAAUUGGCAGCGGAGGAAAAGCAGUCCGAAAAAGCUCGGGAUAACGAGCCGCGGCAGACCGAAAGAGAAGACCAACCCAGAUUCGCAAAGUUCGUGCCAUAAAUCUGCAGUUUGCAUGGAAUUAAUACCCGACUAGAAGGCGGCGGCAGACGUGCAGCGUUGCUGCACAUGCAACACACAUUAGUGGGUCACUCGAAGAUGAUGACGCUGCUGACCGCAACCGCAACGGCAGAAGUACAAACAACAAAAACAAGCGCCACUCGAGCCGAUUUGUGGCAGCGGGGGCAAAUUAUAUAAAAUUAUCAUGCAGGGCAGGCAGCUAGCUAGUUGGCCACUCGACAACGGCAGGCGGGACAAGGCUAAACAUCAUCAUCAUCAGGAGCAGCAGCAGCAGCAGGAGCACCACUACCACCACCAGCAGCACCAGGAACAACAACAGCGGCCGGCGACGUAUACGUAAUGUGCAGCAUGACGUAUACGUAAUGUGCACCGGGGUUUGGCCAAUUUGUCCAAAGCGAGCUAUAAACCACUGAGGCAGCGGAAACGCAAACGAAAACCGAAACUCGAGCUGCAAACUAAAACAUAAACUGAAACUGCUAACGACGCCAACGGAAACUUCUUGGCCAAAUGGCGAAAGUUCGCAAACAAUUGCGAAUGUGUUGAGUAGCGGUUGGCGGUGCGAAAAUGACAAAAUGGCGAAGUUAACGUUGCCUUGUCUACUGCGGCGACUGCAGCUGAUGGCGCUGCAAUUGCAACUGCAACUGCAUCCACAGCAACAACAUCAACAACAGCAGCAGCUGCAUCCACACGGCUGCCACCUGAUGGCCAUGCAACUGGGCCAGGCCGUGCUACUCUACGGCUGCCUCCUCCUGCUCCACGCCUCCGUGUCCGCCUCUGUCCUGGCCACGUCCUCCGACUCGGCUGCCAUUCCGAUCUUGCUGAACAUCUCCAGCACGAUGGAACUGGAUAGCGGAACGCAGCAGCAACAGCAUGAGCAUAGCGAGAAACGCACGCGGAAGCGUGAUGCCGCCAAUGUGCCUGAUGAUGACGACUAUGGCAGUUAUCCGGACGACGUCGACGAAUUGGAGGCCUUGCUUAAUAAUAAGUCAGCUAAGGGGAAAUAUAUUGGAGCGCCGUGCAACGAGCUAAAGUGUGACGUCAAGCUGCUGCACGUAUCCUGCGACAAGGAUUCGCAGACCUGCAGCUGCGAACGCAACUACCCAGUGCAACUUGGACUGAUAAAGGGUUGCGCCAAACCUAAAAAACUGGGCGAUCAGUGUUUCUACGACGAGACCUGCAUCUACAACGACGAGAACUCCCUUUGUGUUCAGGUGCGGCACAAUGCGAUGUGCCAGUGUGCCAGCGGAUUUCACUCAGUCAGCUACGUGAAGCCAACGCGCCGUGUCUUUUGCACUCCAGAUCUCAGCGAACUGAGCUCGGAUCUGCCCACCUUGUUGGGCGUCUCCACGGGCAUAGCAGUUCUGGCCGGGCUCAUCUGCAUGGUGCUGCAUCUGUUCAGCAAGACGAAGUAUCCGCGGCAUCGAAAUUACGGAGAUGCCAGCAUUCCGCCGCCCAUUCUGUAUUCCAGCGAUACAGGGAUACCGCUUACCGUUCACUCGGCGCGUCCGUCGUCGCGUUCCAGCAUCCGGUCGACGGGAUCGAUUGGCUCCUACGGCAACCGACGAGCCUCGGCCGGCGGACUGGGCGGGGGUGCCGCCGGAGGCGUGGCAGGCGGGGCCGGCGGUGGAGGGGCGUCCGGAAGCGGCGGCUCGAAGGGCAUCCUGGUGUCGACGUCACGAACAGGUGCGGCUAGAUCGGCCGCCAUAUUGCUCAUAUCGUGUCACAUAGCGGCGGUGUCCAAACAGAAUUCCCGGGCCUCGUCGCGGCACACAUCCGGAGCGGGCUGCAGCCAGCAUUCGCGGGACGACCUUGAUGAUGGUGGUGGUGGCGGUGGAACUGGCAGUGGGAGUGGUUGCCGCAGCUGCGAGAGCACGCUCUCGAUGAACCGCCACCUGCAGAAGCAACUGAACCACCAGCGGCAUCUGCUCAGCUUCGAGCUGUCGCCGGCGAGGUCGAGGAAUCAGGAUAGAUUUAGGACAUUAUUGGGCAUGAAUGGCAUUGAGAAUUUUGGGGGCAAUGAUGAUGAGGACGAUGAGUGCGGUCCGCAUAGCAUAGAACCCAGCACAACAGUCCCUCAUGCACAUGAUGCCCAUGCCAUUGCCCAUGCCGAUAGCGAUCCGGCUCAUCCUGGUGCUGGCGGUGCUGGUGGUGGUGGUGGUGGUGCUGGUGGUGUUGGUGGCUACGGCUACAGCUACGGCUAUGGCCAUGUCGGUGUGGUUGGUGGUUACGGCGAUGCCGACACCAAUGGCGGCGACUCCAGCGGCGGAUUCGCCACUGGCGCCGAGCUGCAUCACCUGCAAAUUGGCGCACUGCCCACGCCGGCGAGUGAAACGCCACGAUUUGCGGUAAAUCAACUCAAGCAUCAGUCAUCCCGCAUCCAUUUGUACGAUCGUGUGGUCUGCUCAUCCCCAUCCGCAUUCCGCAUCGCCAUGUCCAUGUCCAUGUCCACUCAAAAUAUAGAGACACUUCCACAUCACAACAAAAACAAAGUCAACUAUAUGCUACUCGUAUCUGUUCAAUGGUUGCAUCCUCUCCUGGUUAGAGAUCAAUUUCAAAGUCUGUGCUAGCCCUUAGUUUGUAUUUUCAUUUCUCUAACUCUGAACUCUAGAUCUUUCAGUCUUUAGUGUACGAUCUUUCCAUUGUUGAAUUUGUACAUUUGAAUAAUACAGACAGUAUAUUUGAAUCAUUACAUUAUUUUUAACAUCUAUUGUUCUGUGAAAAAUUUAGAUAUUCUAUCAGAUAUUAUAUAUCGCAAAUGAUGUCCUUACAUAUAUAUUUGAAUAUCGUAUCUAUUUUAGUAUACGAGAAAAAUGCAAAUGCUAGACUCAUUCCAAAUUAAGUACUAAAAAAUUCGUACAGUUAAAAAGCAUGGGAAUUUGUAAUUCAAUUAGAAGAGCAAAAUUCGGCGAAUGGAAUUUGAUUACAUGUUUUAUUGUUCAUGACCCGGAAAUACUCGACAACGGAAUACUUUGUGACUCAUUUACAUUGUCCAAAUGAAUCCCCCCUGCAUAGUUAACAGAAUUCGUAUUAAAAUCAUGUCUCAUGUGCCAUAAUUAAAUCGCGCAAAUUGAGUAUUCACAUAAUCAUGUAUCGUUAAUUCAGCUCAGUUUAUUUACAGUUGAAAUUUAAUUUGUGUACAUUGGCGUUGGUUAAACCUGUCCCCCUGCUUGUCUAAUUAGUGUUUAAAUUGACAACUCUGUCUAGUUAAAAACGAUAAAGUUAUAAACAAAUUUUACGUUUCUUGAUGAUCGAUGUUAAAUGUGCUUUCGAGCUCCCUCUGUUUCCAAAUACCAAGUUGUUAAAUUGUUUUACUUUUUCUAUCGUUACCAAAUAACACACACACACACACACACACAACGCAAUACACGCGCACAAAGCCACAAACUAAUUAAUCAAACUGUUAAUGUUAUUAAACGAAUAACUAAUGUAAAGGAAAUGUUGUUAAAAAAUCACGGAUUCUAAGGAUGAUGAGUAAUACAUUUCGACAAGAUGAUAUUGAAGCAAUAUGGCGGUGACUAUGUUCAUAGAAAAUCUAUCCAAACUAACACCGAAUACAAUGUAAUAUAGCAUAACCCCACACGAUUUUCUAGCUAAUAUAUUCAACUAUUGCAAAUUACGAACAAAUUAUACCACUCUCUCACAUAGACACAAAGAACACGCACACAACUGCAAUUGCAUGCAUCCUGCCGGCAGCUAAGGAUACUUGUCUGCCGCCAGGAUUUUCUACGUCACUCAACCUCCGGCUGACCUUUGCCUGAACUUAUUCGGUUGAGUCCUUAAAGCCCUACACACAUAGACACACACACAUACACUCUCACACUUACAGACACACACACGAAUCGAUAAACGAUAUGAAAAUGUUCUUCCAUAUAUGUUAAUCCCGCAACUCUAUAUGUGAAUGUCCUGCGCUUCUUGCUCUUCUUCUACGUCUACUACUUUUCUUCCUGUGCGCCUUGAAUUUUUCAACUAAAGAUGACAUCAUUUUGAAAGAAAACUUUUCGUGUAUGAAGUUCCUGUUUGUCCUCAUUCUUAUCCUACAGACCAGUUGCGAGCUCCUUGGCAAGUUUAGCGAAUUGUUAUCCAACAUUUUGGGACUAGUUGUAGGGAAAAGGUCAAUACGUUUGUACCACUUGUCGUAUACGUAAUUUUAUCUCGAGGGUUAGUUACAUGUGUAUAUUACGUAUGAAAAGAAUAAAUUUAUGCUGAUUAAAGAAAGUUUUACAUGUUGUAAAUGUUCUAAAUCGUAAUUAGUAAACAAUCAAGAGUAAUAAAUGAAAAGUUUAAUUUUAAAUUAAAAUAUAUAUAAUUCCUAAAAGAAAGAAAACUGUAAACAAAAUUUUUUAAAUUCCGGUUUUAAAGUACUUGUUAGGUUCUAGUUACAAACAGUUUUGAAUUAAAAUAACAUAUUUUCGAAAUACAAGCAACUUAGGAGUCUAUAGCCAAUCGCACUUGCUUAGCUUGCUUUCCAAUCGCAUCGGAAUGAUCUUUCGCUGUGGCUUUGCAUCGCUGUCGCCUUUCUUUCUCAUAUCUAAAUUACUAUCUUUCUCUACCACGCCGUUUCUUCUAACCAAAACGCUCCGAUACUCACUCAGUUUUGAUACAGCAACCCCAUCCGUAUAUUUCCCCACAUCGAUUCACCUGGCUGACACCUUUGUGUUUUUGCUUGCUUCGUUUGUAGGUUCUCGAAGACCAAGUCUAGCGUCGGUGCACAGCACCAGCUCCUCGGUGCGCAGCUACAGCAUGAUGCGCUUCGAGAAGGAGACGCAGCAGAAGGAGAUUCGGCAGGAGAUGAAGCUGCGACUGGCCCGAUUGCAGCAGCAG